AUGAGCUCUGGCCCGGCUUCCAACGUUGACGACCUUCCUGUCGAUCAGCCCUCACGUACCUCGGCCCCCUCCCACGAGCCGUCGUCGGAGAACGUCAAUGCGCCGAAAGCUGGGGACAACAAGGAAAAUGACAACCCGCAGCAGGGCACGGCGGUAGAUAAACCGACCACGGACGAAAAUGAUACGUCCAAGCAGGAAUUCGACGAUUUCGGGCUACCGAUCCGCUCGCGUCCUAAGCCGCCCCGACGAGAUACUGAUUCACCAGUGGGGAAUGACCAGUUCCAUGAUGCUGAGGAGAACGUCCCUGGAAUGGAUAACCGUACCACAUCUGCGGAACCGCCGAUCGAGAAGGAGUCUGAAAAAGAGGCAGACACUGAUAGCAAACCACCGGUGGGCCGUCGAGAGGAGGAACAUCGGUCUCCGACGCCUAGCAUAAACGAGCGUGAGAUAACCAUACCGGAUGGAUCAACCACGUCUACGACUGAGAAGCAUACGCUGGAGACUGCAUCGUCAGAUUCCCAUGUCGAACCGCCUCCGCCCUAUACAGAAACGCCUGCGCAUGACACUGCGUCGUCACGACCCAAGCACGCGGUAGGGAGCGAUAUCCCUAUGUCGGAGUGGUCGCACCAGCGCCUCAACGAGCAUAAGGAGGAAGACGAGGCCAAGCAUGAGGAAAGCGACGAGGGCGAGUGGAAGGAAAUGACCGCUUUGGACGAGUUCGAUCUUUACGACGACUACGGGCGACUAAUCGCUCGCGGUGCCAAGCAAGAGGAUGAGGAGGCGGUUUAUCAAGGUCUUGGAGGAGCUGGAAAGGGCUACACCAGGGUACAGUUAGACGACGACGAAGAAUCCAUCAACAGUAUGGAUGAAGAUACCAGCUACCUUUUCCGGGAAACGGCCGCGACUGCUGCUGGGGUGGAAGGUGAGGAACUUCGGGAUACAUUAAGCCAGCUGCAAGCUACGAAAGAUCUCUUGACCGAAAGCCAGAGGAUAGCAUAUGUAGGGGUUACCCGGUUAACUAUUUAUGCUAUGGUGAUGGAUAUGGAGAGAGCGCCGGCAACUAAAGGCACGAAAAAACGAAAACAAAAGGCCGUUGACUCAACACGAGGCUGGGGCCAGGCUAUGAUGACUAGGUUGUACUCUCACAUGGACAUCAACACCGCGGAACAAGUGAUGAUUGAGCAGCUCGCCGAGCACGGGGUUCAGCCUGAAGAUCUAGUUCGGCCGCUUAUGGAGAACGCCCGCGUGAAGAAUCCGCUGGCAGAAGAAGCCAACCCGAAAAAAUCACUAUCUUCUAUGUCCGGCAAGCUGAGGGAUGAGAAUCGGUCUAUAUUAUCGACUGGUACCAAUCGAUCUUCAGAAUCCAACUCACCUCCACCGUACGACCUGGAAGAGGACGUUCCAGAAGUCCAGACACCAUCCCACCUGCCAACAUCUGAAAAAAUUGACAUCGAUAUUCGAUGGACUGUACUUUGUGACCUUUUUCUUGUCUUAAUUUCCGACUCAAGCUAUGACUCACGCUCGCGGACGUUGCUGGAAAAAGUUGGAGCCUCCAUGGAAGUCUCGUGGUUGCAAAUCGCCAAGUUCGAGAAGCGUGUCAUUGAUGCUCUCGAGAUGCAAGAAGAUGCAGACAAGGAAACCUGGGACGAGUCUGAGCAUAUGGAGAAGCGCCGGAAGUCGGCCUUGAAAACCAAGUACAUGAUUAUGGGUUUGGCCACAGUUGGUGGAGGUCUGGUAAUCGGUCUGUCGGCUGGCCUUCUAGCCCCAGUCAUCGGCGCUGGUCUUGCUGCAGGAUUCACUACCAUUGGAGUUGGUGGUACCAGCGCCUUCUUAGGCGGUGCUGGUGGCACGGCUCUGAUUGCAUCUGGAGCUACUUUGACGGGAAGUACGAUAGGACUGAGAGCGUCUCAUCGGCGCACCGGGGCUGUUCAGACUUUUGAGUAUCGUCCUUUGCACAACAACAAAAGGUUCAACCUUAUUGUUACGGUGUCUGGCUGGAUGACCGGCAAUGUAGACGAUGUCCGAUUACCGUACAGUACCGUCGAUCCUAUCAUGGGGGAUAUCUACUCGGUCUUGUGGGAGCCAGAGAUGCUCAAGAGUAUGGGUGAAACCAUCAAUAUCUUGGCUACAGAGGCCUUGACCCAAGGGUUGCAGCAGGUACUUGGGAGCACCAUUCUCACGGCUCUCAUGGCAUCCUUGCAACUCCCUCUUGUUCUCACGAAGCUCUCCUACCUCAUUGAUAACCCAUGGAACGUUUCGCUAGCACGAGCCACCGCGGCUGGGCUCAUUCUGGCCGACUCCUUGAUGGACCACAACCUGGGCAAGCGGCCGGUAACCUUGCUUGGGUACUCCCUCGGUGCGCGAGUCAUUUUUUCGUGUCUAAAGGAACUUGCACACAAGGGUGCUUAUGGGCUAGUUCAGAACGUCUACCUCUUUGGAUCACCGGUGGUUGCCAACAAAGACGAGUUUAUAAGAGCCCGGGGUGUGGUUUCAGGACGCUUCGUCAACGGAUAUGCUUCGAAUGACUGGAUUUUGGGUUACUUGUUCCGCGCCACUAGCGGUGGUAUUAUGCGAGUGGCCGGGCUGGCUCCAGUUGAAGGCAUCCGAGGCGUUGAAAACGUCGAUGUCACGAAGCUCGUAAACGGGCACAUGGAUUACCGCGCAGCCAUCCCCCGUCUCCUGAAGCAUGUCGGAUGGGAGGUCCUGAGCGAAGAAUUUGCAGAGAUCGAAGACCCUGAUCCUGAAAACCACGCUGAGCGACAGCGAGAGCUGAUUCGUGAGAUCGACGAGGCACGCCGAGAAGCAGAAGCCAAGCCUGAGAAGAAACGGUUUGGCUUGUUCAAGCGGGGAAAGCUGGCCCAGAAGAAGGCAUGGGAGAAUUACGAAAUCAAUUCCGAGUCGCCUCAAAGCCCGGGGAGCGGCAACGCAGCUGGCAGCGUACUUUUUGAUAUCGAUGCCAUUAGAGCGGAAUUAGCCUCGGAACAGAUGGAGGUCAGGCAACUUGAAUCAACCUUACCACCUAUGAAGCUGGAUCUCAAUUCUCCGCCACUGAAUUCCCCUGCUACGCCGUCGUCUACAGAGGGAAAGAAGGCCGAAGAGCCUGUUCAAAGCCCACCUCAGCCUCCCCCAGCAGCGUCUUCCAACCAUACUCCGCAGCGAAGGACACCGUCUCCUCCCCCGCCGCCUCCUAAAGAUGAAGAAUUCGAGAUGACAUUUGAUACGUCUUACCAUGAACCACCUCAGCGCUCCUUCUCGUCCUAUGAAACGCCCACUUACUCCAGCGACAACUCCUUUACUUCUCGACCGGCUCUUCGAUCGUCAGCAACAACGCCUGGUGUGCUUGGGGUGGGUGCCGGUGCCGCCGUCGCUGCAGUUGGUGCGGCUGGUGCGCUCGCCCUCGAAGAGAAUGCAUGGGCCGACCCUGAUGAAGGCGAAAUCUCGAUGACUUUCGAAUGA